AUGGCGAAUCAUAAUAGUGAUUUGGCAAUGAAUAUAUUUCUUCUCUGUCUUUGUGUUAUUCAACUUUUGGCUAAUUUAAUUGUGAUCAUUGCAUUUUUCACUAUUCGUUCUUUUUGGAUAAAUAAAAGUAUUAUUUUAUUGAUAUUUCUAGCUAUUAUUGACUUUUUGUACGCCUGUGCAUCUAUACCUUACAUAAUUCUAUUACUCGUUAACUGGACACCAGAAGGUAAACUGUACCACAGCUGUAAGUAUACUAUUCUUAUUUUUGGUUCUACUCCUGCUGCAUUCAUGAAAAGUGGUUGUAUGAUAACAACUUUUAUAGCUACAGAUAGAAUAUGGGCCCUGUGUAAUCCAUUCAGUUAUCACUCAGUGAAUAGAAAAAGCUUUUUAUAUGGUUGUUGUGCAAUUUCACUUUUAAUGGCAGCAUUUGACUUUUCACUUGUAUUUAUAUUAUUAGAUGAUACUCAGCCAACAAACUGCAAUGACUUUAACUGUAUGAUCUCUAAAAAGUUUCGUUCUUAUUGGGGUAUAUCUAAUAUGAUUGUUAAUUUGUUUUCAUGCAUACUAACUGCUAUUAUUGUUUUCUUGUUAAAAUUGAAGCGAAAAGUACCUCGUAGUAACUUUAGAGGAGACGAAGAUAAAUGGGCCAAUCGUGUAUCAUUUUAUAUUCUAAUUGUAUCUGCAAUAUUUGGUGUACUUCCUGGAGGAAUAAAUGGUAGCGCAGAAAAGUUUGAUUCUGCUUUUCUCAGAGAAUUAGCCUUAGCUGUUGGAUUAUGCGCAUCAAUUAGUGGCGUAUCACACGCAUUUAUUUUUGGUAUGGCUCACAAAUCUAUUCGACACAGAAUAUUCACAAUGCUCGGAAUAAAAUCGUUAAACAUGUCAUCACUAUCCAAUUUACCUCGAAAUGCAAUUAGCCAGCCAAUAACAUAUAUAAACCCAAGAAAUUAUUAA